AUGAAAAAGAGCUUUUCAGAGCAGGUUUUCCCUUCUAUAAACACAUCUAAUAUUAAGAAGACAGUCAAAGGAUUUUCAACGAAUGAGAAAUUGAAGAAACUAGUAUUAAGCCCAAGAGCAGCUGGCCGUGAGAGGCAAAUGAGGACAAAUAGGCCUAAAAGAUUCAAUAUUUCAGUAUCACUUGAAAAACGGAUGGACAGUAUUAUGGAUCGAGAGGGCAAACUAAAGAAGAGUUAUGGACCUAUGUAUAAGAAGCUUUUCAACCCAAAUAACAAAUUCCUGAAACAAGCCAAAGAUCUGAAGGAGUUCUACAUUAAAGGUAUUGGGCCCGAGCAGCCAAGUAUUCUUAAGGAAUUGAAGGACCUGAAGGAUCUGAAGGACCUGAAAGAUCUGAAGGAAUUGAAUGAGUUUAAAGCACCUAUUAGCCCAAGAGAGUCUAUUAUUGAGAACACAGGGGACCAGAAGACUCUAAUGCUCACUGAUGGAGCACUCAAGGGUAAAGAUGAACCUGAGAUCAAGGAUGAUAAAGAUGACAACUUUUUCUUAACCAACCAGAACCACAAUACUUCAAAUGAAACCUUGCUUAAAGGGUCUAAAUUGGAUGAUACUUUGUUGAAAGAUUAUGCGAACUCAUCAAUGUUUGAUCACAAGAUCAGCCAGAUCCAUCAGCCUCAAGAAGACCCAUUGAGUAGCCUAAGAAACACGAAUAUUGAAGAGCCUCCAAUAAAGCUGACCUCAAAUGACUUGUUGUUCUUCAAUCAGAAUUUGAUUUCCCUAGUAGACGAUUACAAUCCAAUUGCUGAAGAUGCUAAGAAAGGAAGAACAGGAGGGGUAUCUACCUUGAAGUCAGAAUUUGGCUCUUUCAAUUGAAAGAACAGAAAAUGGUCUCCAACGAUUUAUAAAAACAAGCGGUCCAGAGCUAUUGAAAUCCUUUCAAGCAAGAUCGACCAGCUAGUUGACAGGAAAUUGAAAAUUGAGGACUUCCUUCCACAUGACAAAAAAAUCGAAGAGGUCAUAGACAGCAAUCGACUUUAUAACACAAUUGAUCCUAAGAUUUACGACUGGAUUGAGAAAAUGAACGGAGAAGUCAAAGAUCUGGUCGAGGGUGCUCCUUACUGGAAAAUUAUGCAAGAUUAUCAUAAAAAUCGACUAAAAGGGAAUAAAUGUGAGGAUACACAACAAGAUGAGGGUUUGGAGCAAGCCUUGGUCAAGAUCGAUACACCCAAGGCUGAUGGGGAUCCUGUUAUUGAAGAAGAAAAUCACGAGAUGAAUACUGGAAAGAAUAGGACUAACAAUAGCAGUUGAGAGGAGACUAAAGAGAGGGCUAUAGAUGAUGAAAAGGAUAAGUAUAGAGCCUUAACUCUCAAUUUUGCUAUGCAGGAGAUCGCAAGACAGGUGUCUUUUACCAACAGAGAUCUCGGCUACCUCUUACUCAAAGUUUUCAAAGGAUAUUUCAUGCAUAACGAAAGAAGCUGGUUUAAGUAUGUCAAGAGAAGUUUUGAACUUCUAAAAGCAGAGAGAAAAGUCAUGCUCAAGUCAGAUUCAUUGCCAGAUGACCUAGAAGGGUUGCUUAAAAAUGACACUUUGACAGUGGAGAACCUCGAAGCCCACAAAAGAGCCAUCAAGCAAAUGGUAGGUAAAGUUCAUGAAGAAGAAGACAAGCGAGUCAUCCUUGAGCUUGAGAAGAAGCACUUAAGUUCUGAAAUCAACAGCUGGAUUUAUGAAUGGGACAGAAUAAAGAUAAACAAAAAGCUGAAGAACAGGAUCGACCAGUUAGACCCAAGCAAAUUGCUUGAAACUCAUAUCAAGAAUGGCGAUCACAAGACUAUUGAUAAGACAGAGCUUGCCUUGCUGAUUAAUGCUGAGAGGUUUAUCACCAUCCUAGAUCACAAGUCUAAGUGGGAGAUAGAGGUCGACACCACUCUUGAGAGAAACAAGAGACUAGCCAUGGAUACCCAAAAUUUGAAGGGAUUGGUGGAAUAUUUGAAGGAGAAAUCUACAAAUGCAGAGAUUGUUGCUAGGAGCAAGGAGCAAGAGAAUGCGAAUUAUGCCAGAGUCAUCAAGAAUUUAAGCAGUAAAUUACAGAACACACAGAAGGAGAAUAAGAGCGUUCAGACUGUCCUUGAUUGCACAAAUGUUAAGUUUACCGAAAAAGCUGAUAAUUUGUUCAAGCUCAAGGCUCAGAAUGAGAACAAGCCUAUUGUCAAGCUUAUGAGGAAGGUCAAAAUGGGCUCUUCAAAGUAUCAGGCGUUACCUCUGAAGGAUAUUUUAGGCUUAAUCUCCCAUAUUUACAAUAAGAAGACUCAAGCUCUGUUAGAGGGAGAAGGUCUAGGCACUUCAUUCGAAGAGUUUGUGUACUCCGUAAUGGAGAAACGGUUUGGUAUUAAGAACAAAAUCAAACAAACUUGCGAAAAGUUCCUGGUGGGUCUCCAGUUUUUCAAGGACGAAGAUAGAAGGAUAGACGCUUUUGCCAAAUUUUUAGGAUUUGAGACAGACGAAAAAUAUCACAUUGAAGUUCUGUAUUUUUAUAUUAAAGUCAUGAAGGCUACUGAAGAGCCGAUUGGAACACUAAUCUCACCAGAAGCAGACAAGUUACAUCUUGAAACUUCUAAGAUUAUUAAGAAGAACCUUGAGAUAUUCGGAAAUGCUUCAAGCACUUUUAAAAGAGAAAUGAGGAGAGAGCUUAUAGUAGAUAGUUCGAUAUUAGUUAACAAUAAGAUGCUGGUCGACAUCGGGACCAAAGAGAAGCUUCAGAUAUAUGUCCUAGUAAUGUUCUAUACUAACUUGUUACACAAAUACAGUAUCCCCAUCAUCCAGAUACUUCUGAAAUUUGCAGAUGAUGAAGGGAUGCUUUCAAUCUCUACUUUAAGAGGGCUUCUUGAGGAGCAUGUGGAGUUCGAGGACCUCGAGCAUGCUUUUACGGACGACAACUCCUUCCAAGAAUUCAUUCAUAGAUUUUUCGGGAAGCAUAUCUCAAAGAUUAAUGAUGAUGAGAAGUUGAGAGUCAAGUCAAUGGCUGUAUUUUAUAGACAUAAAUAUCAGAUCAAAAUCGCUUCGAAAAAGUACUUAAAUGCAGGUCUGAAGUUCUCCCUCAUGUUCUUGAACCAAGCUAGGUUCCAGUUCCAGAGAUUAUUCGAGCAUUAUGAUACAUCAGGAGACGGAAAGAUUGAUUUUGGAGAAUUCAAAGAAUUAGUAAUAGAGAUGGAUAAGACAAUACCAGGUUGGAAAAUCCAUGCUCUUUUCCAAGAUGCAACUGGAUCUGAUGAUAUCGAUGCUGGGAUCAGUUUUGAUGAGUUUGUGUCAGCUGCAAUGAAUAAUCCGUUAUUAGAUGGGAUCAUGGAAUUAGGGUACGCAAGACCGAUAGAAGAAAAGAAAACUUCCAUGCCUCCAGUUGUCGAAGUGACUGAAGAUAAACCUCAAUCCAAGAAUUCAGAUGUUCCUGAAGCGAAGUCACCGACCAAAGACGACGAUGUCGGUAAGUUCACGGGAUCUUCUGAUGAAGACGAAGGCAAAGAGUCUUUCGGCCUCAAGUACUUGAUGUUGAAAGAAGGAAUCCGCAGGAACAAAAAGACCAUGGACAUGAGUUCAGGCAUCGAGAAAGGAAGUCACAAGAUGUUUAAGUAAUCCAAAUUUAUGCAAUUGAUUCAACACUCCACUCACAAC